UUUCAUAUCAACUUCCCAGGUGUGACCAUGGCUUCUUUAGGGACAGAGACUUUGGAUAGUCCAUCCUAUCCUCCAGGCGAUGGAGGGAUUUCAGGUCCCCUGGCUUCCCUGCAACAGGGAAAGCCCCUUCCCACGACAGGGAGCGGAUCCAAGUCUGGAGGAGAACUAGGAAGCAGCUCACAAGACUUCCUGCUUCCCCCAACGGUGAGCUCCCUCCAGCCGCCACCCGUCUUCAACCCGACAGCUUCGCCCAGCACUCCAACCGGAGUCAUCUACAGCUUGUCCGGUUGUCCAGCUGGCCCCACACUCUCCAGGCUCUUUCAGACCCUUCCGGGUUCCUUUCCGGAUAUCUAUGACGGAGACAUGAAAAAAUGGGAAGAGCAUUUCCACAGCAUCCAAAGGGCCUACAAGGAAUUUGGGAAAGAAGACGAUUUUGCCAUCCGGGUACUGACCGAAGAUUUUACGCUCCCUUUCCCUUUCGCCUGGCCAGGUGAGAAUGAAGGGUCCCGCCAGUUGGCCUACGACCCUGCCGAUUGUUCCGGCUUUGAUUUCUUCUUACACCCGGGACAGCCCAUUCCUCGUCUUCUCCAACCACUGCAUGCCACCACCCAGGCUUUCUUCAAGAAGAGACGGUUGGAGCAGCUGGCGCUCAGCUACGCCAGCAAAGCCUCCCUCCCUGGUGCGGCAGGGCUACCGACCCCGCAAGAAACCAGCUCCCCGUUGCGGCCAGAUAUCAUGGUGAUCACCAGUGUGCCAUGCAUGGCCGCGCCCGCCGAGCCAUCUUUUCUCCUGCAGGACAACAAACCUGCCCCCAUCGGUCUCCCCAAUUCAACUUCCAUGCAGCCAAUCAGCCUUCAGUUUAUGAACCCUACACAGCACGGAGCAUUUUAGCAUCCCAACGUUCAUACUUAAAAAGUGGAUUUUUGUUUUAAAUUUUAUACAACAGGGAAUGAUAGGGUUUGAGAAAUAUCCUCCAUAAUUGUUGGGGUACCAAGUUCAACUCUGGGUUUUUGGGGUUUUUUGAAAGCUAAAAGCUUACGAGUUUAAUAUCAAUCCGCCAUUGUACUUACCAAAUGUUUCUGCAAAGGGAACAAACCUUAAACUUGCAAUCUAUAUCCCAGUUAUUUGGAAUAAUAAUUAAAAAAAAAAGACUGCCUUCUA